AUGAUCUUGCUAUUGAUUGCGUUGCUCGACGCCUACAGGAUAAUCCUAGAACUACUAAAUCUCUGCCUUAAGAACUACUGUCAAUUCGACAAUAAGUACUAUGAACAGGUGAAGGGAACCCCAAUGGACUCACCGAUAUCUGGACUACUGGCAGAAUUGGUAUUGCAGCGAUUAGAGAAGGAGGUUUUUCAAAGCCUUAAACCCACAAUGUGGCUCCGCUAUGUAGAUGACACGUUUGUCACGAUAAAGAACAAUGAUGUCGAAGUGCUACACCAGAAAUUGAAUGAAGUCUUCCCCUCCAUAUAG